AGCCCUGCUCACAUCCCAGGAGGCAUCAGAGGAUGACCCCGAACUAGGCAUGCUCACACUGGAGAAGCUAUGUGAAGGAAAGAGGCGUGUCCUGUUCAUCGGCAUUUCCUGUGGCCUGUCAGCUCCAUUUGUAGCAGGACAGCUGGACUUUUGUCUGAAACACCCUGACAUCUACACUCCUGUACUGGUGGGAUUCAACCCCGUCACACAGGCCAGGGAGGAGACCAUGCCAGGCUACAGUCUGACUUUCAGGGAAGUGGUCCAGAGGAUGGAGGAGCAGAGAGGUCAAAGGGCAUUCAUCAUCAACCCAGCAGUUGGGCCAGAGGCCAUCAGUGGUUCCUCCAGAAUGAAGGGGGGCAGUGCCACCAAGAUCCUACUGGAGACCAUCCUGGCAGCCGCACACACAGCUGCCUUCGCCAACACACACGUCACACGCAGAGCUCUCCUGGACAUGAUGAGAGGAUAUGAGAGAGUCUAUAGUGUCACCUACAGUCACAGUGACCAGAUAGCAACACUGCUAAAGACCGCAGGACUCAGCUUGCAGUGUGGUGGACGUGUGUGUUACCUGUCCUGGGGGUCUCUCGGGUUAGUGGGACUUAUCGAUGCCAGCGAGUGUAUCCCGACAUUCGGAGCAGACUAUGAGGACAUCCGAGGCUUCAUCAGUGGAGGAUACCAGGACAUGGACAACAUAGAGGGAGACCUCACAUCACUGGGAUCCCAGUUCUGUAUAGCCCAUGAGGACUUUGUGAGUCUGGUUCUGCCUACUUUGAGUGACAAAGACACCGUCCUACUGCUAUACACAUGUCAUGGUGAGCCCACUGAGCUAAAGCCCGGGCACUAA